GAAUAAUGAACAUUACCAAUCGUUUAUGACAUAUGUUGAAAAAGGUUUUACAUCUAAAGGCUUAACAUUUACCAUUUAUGACGACAAUUUAAGAAAUGCAGCAGUAGCAUUAUUUCGGUUGCUGCAAAGUGUUGAAAUCGGAGAAUUGCAGCGAAUAUCAGCAUGGGCAAGGAAAAACGUAAACAAGGAUUUACUCACAUAUGCUCUGAAAUUAACUGCUAUUUACUCGAAUAAAAAUAAAUUAAUAAACGCAUUUGAAUAUGAACCGCCUUAUAUUAUGAAACCGAAUUACUUUAUAAACGGUGAAACAAUUAGAAAGGCGAUGCAAAUAAUAAUAGACGAUGGAAAAUUUAAUGAUCAAGAAGGGGAAGUAAACCAAUUUUAUAAAACUGGUGACGUCAUAGCAAUAAACACUAAUUACUCUGGCUGGAAUCUAGCAAGCAAUGGAUGUCAUGAAGAACUUAAUUAUUUUAGAGAAGAUAUUGGUAUAAACAGUUAUUAUUCCGGAAUUCAACUUUUACAUCCAUUUUGGAUGUCAAAUAGUGAGCUGGAAGAAAUAAAUCCAAAGCAUGCCGAAUAUUACUAUUUUGUACAUAAACAAUUAAUGGCCAGAUACAAUUUGGAAAAGGAAUAUUUGAAAUUUGAAAAAAAUAAAUCAACGGAGAAAUGUUUUACCGACUACAACCCGUAUCUUAAUUAUGAUAACGGACUUCCAUUUCCGAUUAGAUCUUCAACGCUUAAAGAUUGGAAUGAAGAGCAAGCAAGGAUUAAAUCAAUUGAUAUAGCGAUUAGGGAAUGUAUUUCAAGAAGAGUCAUUUUUAUGGACAAUGGCACAAAAAUAUCUUUGACUGAAGACAACUAUAUUGAUCUUUUAGCUAAAAUAUUGCGCGCAAAUUUAGACGGAGUAAAGUCGGCUAAAUUUAUCAGAUCAUUUUUCGGUUACGGUGGUAAUACUUAUCCUUUGGACAGCUACAAUCCAGCACCAUCCGUAUUACAUCACCCUGAAACAUCUUUUAGAGAUCCUGUUUAUUGGUACUUGCUACAAAACCUUUUGAAUUAUUUCAAUGAAUUUGAAAGAACAUUGGAACCUUACGAUAUAUCAAAAUAUGAAUACGAUGAUGUGAAAAUAAUUGACGCAAGAAUUCCUAAAAUAACAACUUAUUUUUCUUACUACCAAUUAAUGUUAAAUAAAGGAAUUAAAAAAAUUGAUCCAAUGAAAUUACUAUACACAAUCACGGCGAGACUUAAACGAUUGAACCACGUCCACUUUGAUAUUAAUUUUACAGUAGAAUCAAAAACUGAAUCAUCAGUUGUUGUGCGACUAUUUUUAGGACCACAGUGCUUCGAUGAAAACUGCUGGGUUUUGUUCUCCAAUUUCUUUGAACUUGACUGUUUCUCUUACCAGCUCCAAAAUGGAAUAAACAAUAUUAUUUGGUCCACCCAUGAAAGAUUUUCUAAAUUUUCUUAUGAGAGCUAUUAUAACAUGGAAGAGCAAUCGAAUGAGAUAAAUAGAUAUAAUCUGUUUAAAUUUCCUGCAAGUUUAGUUAUUCCUAAAGGUUUGGAAGUUGGAUUGAAUCUAUCACUUUUUGUAAUAAUAACACCUAAGGAGGAGGUUUUUAAUAUCGACAUGCCUAAUGAUCUAUACAUAAAUUAUCGCAAACUAUUGCCUGAAGAAUUCGAUAGGAAACCAUUAGGAUUCCCCUUUCACAGAGAAGGAGCCAAUUUUAAGCCUUUUGCAAAUAACUAUAGAUUUUUUAAUAUCACCGUGUUUCACAAAAAAAGCGCUACAAAUGUUAACGGAUAUUUUUCUAAUCAUUUAAAUUAA